GAGCAAGCGCAAUAACCAUUUAGUCGAUCAGUAGCUUUCUCGAAGUUAGCAAUGGCUUCGAUAUUUUUGACACUGUUCGCAGGAGCAGUAGCAUUGCUGUGUUUUUAUUUGUAUCUGAGAUUUACAUAUUGGAAGAGGAAUGGAAUCCCAACUGCCAGAGGAUGCUAUCCCAUCGUUGGCCACGUGUUGCCAGUUUUAUCCAACAAGAAAAGUUUCAACGAUAUGGUGCAAGAGAUAUACAACGAGUACCCAGAUUGUAGCAUGGUUGGGAUUUACAGAACAAUCAGACCGGCAUUAAUUAUCCGUGAUCCUAAUUUAGUGAAAACCGUGAUGCAAAGUAAUUUCUCGAACUUCCACACAAAUGGACUUCAUAUUGAAGCGGAUGCGGACCCAUUGUUCGCUAAGAAUCCGUUUUUCAGUGAGGGAGAGGUGUGGUCGACGGAAAGGAAACGUUUGACCUACGCGUUUUCCAGCUCCAAGCUGAAGUCUCUCUUCGUAACAGUUACUGGAGUGUGCGAGAAAUUUAAAAACUAUCUGAACAGGCGACUGAGCUCGAACGACAAGUACGAGGUUGAACUGAAGUAUCUAUUUUCGAAAUUCACUGGCGAAGUUGUGGCGAACGCUGCUUUAGGCAUCGAGGGACGCUGUUUCGAGGAUAAAGACGACCCUAACGCUUUUGACCAGAUCGGUCACUCGUUCUUCAAACCGACAAAGUUGGAAAAAUUUUUCUCGCAGUGCAUAUUCCUUUUGCCCGAACUGAAUCACCUAUUGAAGAUCCGUUUCGUGCCCAAGCAGCUGGAUCAAUUAUUCAGGAAGAUAGUCGAGAAAAAUAUGGAGAUUAGACGCAAAGAACCGGCACCCAGGAACGACUUUCUGCAACUGAUGAUAGAUCUUGAGAAGACAGGGGAGGCGUUGGAUUUGGAGGCUGUUACUGCACACGCGUUCUCGUUUUAUGCCGAUGGAUUUGAAACAUCGAGCACUACAUUGAGCUUUAUUGGAUAUCAAUUAGCCACUCAUCAGGACGUUCAAGACAGGCUAAGGAACGAGGUGAAGACGGUGAUCGAGAAACACGGUGGUGCGCUGACGUACGAAGGACUGAAGGAGAUGACGUACAUGGACCAAGUGAUCAACGAGUCGCAAAGAUGUUAUGUAGCUUUAACUAUUCUAAACAAAGAAUGCUCGGAAAGUUUCGUAUUGGAAGGAUCGGACGGGCUUCGCUGUCACGUUAAACCUGGCACACAAAUUCUUAUACCGAUUCAGGCACUACAGUUGGAUCCAAAAUACUGGCCCGAUCCGCAGAACUUUGAUCCAGAACGAUUCAGCGAAGAGAGAAAAGGUGGGAUAAAAAAAUAUACGUUUCUACCAUUCGGUGAGGGUCCGAGGAUGUGCGUAGGUAUGAGAAUGGCACUAAUGCAAAUGAAGGCGUGUUUGGCUACUUUGUUGAAAGAUCACAAAAUUGAAUUGUCACCAAAAACAAAACUGCCAUUAAAUGUCACGUCUAUCUUCUUUUUCCUAUCACCAAUAGGUGGACUCUGGGUAAAUAUAUCGAAACUUUGAUAAAUAUUCAAAGAUUCCAUUAAUAAAUAUAUAGCAAACAUUGACGUAAUUCCAGUAAUUGUUUCUUUAAUUACGAAAAUGUCUGCGAAACUAAUUUACUAAUACCGAUAUAGAUCGAUCGCAAAUUAUACAGAACCCGUUGAUGUGAAUAAUUAUUAUUUUACGAUCAAUAAAAUUAAUUGUUGCGA